AUGGCAGUGUCCGGGACAAACGAGUCGGAGUCGGUCUUAUCUCUCGACAAGGUUGCAACUAAACAGCAGAACAGGGACCGCCAAUGGCGGCGCAGACGACGGAACUCGACGGGACUCGUGGCGCUUGAGAAAGCAACGGCCAAGAUUAGUUCUCUGGAUGACCCCCUCAUAAUCCAACAGCUGGACGUGGGCCAUAAAGUCAAGUGGGAGACGGAGUGGCUUCCGGUCAGCCGGGGGGAAUAUUUCAAUCCUGACCGGAAAUAUUUAUUUGUGACGGGAACCCGGGACAUGUGUGCGGGCGUGAAGCAUUCCCGGACCAGCCUGUCGUGCCGAAUCAAGGAGGCUCGGUUUCUGAACCGGACGCUGGUGCUGGACAUGCGCGUGUGCCUCAACCAAGUGCACAAUAACGGGAAAUUCGGCUUUCUUGAGGAUGCACUGGCGUGGCGGAAGGAGAGAGCCGCUGGGGAGGCGCCGUUUGGGGUGCGUGUGGUGAGGCGAGGGGCUCAAACUUCUACAGUGGCGCUCGAUACAGUCACACCGCUCAUUAUACGUAACACUUCGUACGGCUACAGCACGUGCAAGCUGCCUGGGUCGCCCUUCAAGCUACAUGAGCAAGUGGUUGAGUCGCGACCAGAGCUGCUGGCGCUAGCUGCUGCCAUGUCUCAGGCAAUGCAAGGGGGGGACUAUGAUGCCGUGCAUGUGAGGCGCGGAGACAAGCUGAACCCGCGCCUGUGGCCCCACCUUGACAACGACACGCAAGCAGCCUCGCUACUGGAGAAGCUACCCAAGUUCAUUGAACCUGGACGCACACUGUACAUCGCAACCAACGAGCAUGCACCAGGCUUCUUUGACCCUUUGAAACAGCUCUAUGACAUUCGCCUGUGGCAAGACUUCAAGCACCUGUGGGCCCCAGGGACCAUGUGGUAUGAUGGAUACGAGAAGAUUUCUGGGGCUCGUCCAACCAUGGAUACAUACAUGGAGGUUAUUGUUGAGUACACUGUUAUGACAUUAGCGAAACAUGUUGUUGAAACUUUUAAUGACCUGACAAGUGACGAUGCGAGUGGGACUAUAACAUAG